GUCACUCUCAACUGCUCCCGACGCCCAGCAUCUGUGUUGCCAAUUAAAACUGUAAUUUUUUUAGGAAAGACCGCGCGUUUUUGGUCAAUAGUUUCAAAGCGUCUCUGUUGGCCCUUGUCUAAAGCAGCUGCGGCAGCAGUGGCGGGCUCGGGAUUGGCGGACAGCCCGGGCAGCUGGCGCCCUUUGUGACUCCAGAGUGAAUGGCAUAAAUGCAGCAAGAUGAGUUGGGCGGAGGAGGACUGGACUGUGGGGCUCACCGGACGGGUCCUGCAAAAGGUGAAGGAGCUGCAGAUCCACCAGGAUCGUCUGUCUCGAGAGAACAAGCAGAAACAGUUGCAGCUUGACAAUAUCCACAUCAGCCUUGAGAAACAGACUGUGAAGUACGAGGAGGUACGCACAGAGCUUCAGUGUGUUCGGAGAGACCUCCAGAGUGUGCAGUCGGAAGCAAAGGUGACACUGACCAACAACCAGCGACUCUCUCAAGAGAUUCAGACCAAACAGGCCCAAGUAUGCUCUUUGGAGGGUCAACUCGAAUCCGCCCGCACUCUCAACAACAAGCUCACCCAGGAGGUGAAACGGCUGGAGGCAGAGCUGGAGAAGCUGCAGAACAGCAGCAGGGUAGCAGAUGUCUCUCUCUUCUCAACCCCAUGCUGGAAUACAAGCUCACCCUGGGAGCAAAAUGGGAGUCAAACUUCAGAGAGGCAGAGAGAUGAAGGGUCCAGCAGGAUGCUUCACAGCCGACAGCGGCUUCAUUUCUCCGAUGCCCCAGCUUCAUCAUCUCUGCGACAACAAAACAAGAGCACCCCGCAGCACCACGCAUCUCACCAUUCAGAGUCUUUCUCAACUCCUUUGGCUGCAUUUCCGUGGGAACGUGAAGACUCGAGGCCCCCAGCCAGGAGACUUGCUGCAUCAUCUCCCAAGACGCCUGUCGCUAACACAACCAGUCACAGCCCACUGGAUCAUGGAGGUCCGGAAACGGACUUCAGGGCACACACGGACAUAUCAGAAAUUCAGACUCGAGUUUCUGAGCUGGAGAAAGAACUCAGUGUGAAGACCGAAAAGCUGAAGACAAUUCAGAAUGAAUUGGGGCAGAACAAGAAGAAGAUGGACUCCACAGAAGUGAGCCUGCAGAGAGCCAGGGAUGAGCUCAGCAUGGCGCACACUCGUAUAGCCAAGGAGGGCGAGCGGGCAUCAGGAGCUGAGCAGAGGCUAAAGCAGCUCCAAGAGGAGCUGAAGUGUCAGAGGCAGAACUAUGAGAGCAGUCGACUGCAACAGCAGCAGCGUUCCAAGGAGCAGGAGAAACAGCAUCAGAGGGAUUUGAUGGAGCUCCAGAAGGAGAGACAAUGUUUGGAGAGGCAACAUCAGCAGGAGGUGAACAAGCUGAACCAGGAGCUGCAGCAGGCCCGGACUCUACACAAUUCCCUGCAGGCACAAGCUGACAAGCUGUCACUGCAGAAACAGGCAGUGGAGAAGGAGCUGGACACUUCAAAAGAGAAACUCAAGUGGACGGCAGGGCAGCUGCAGGAGAGCCAGAAAUCAUUAACCCAGACUCAGGCCAAACUGACGGAAACACAGCGAGAGGCCGAGGGUGUGGCGCUGAGUCUGGAGCAGAGCAGGAAGAAAAUUCUGUCUCUGGAAGAGGAGGGGAGGAGUUUGACUGAGCAGCGAGCAGAUGUACUGCGUCAACUCAAAGAACUGCAAGAAGAAAAAGCACUUUCUACAAACCAGCAGCAAGUUAUAUAUCCUUCAGCGGGACAGAGCUUCUCACUCCCAGCUCCCUCCUCUCAUCAACCUCAGCCCAAAGCUAAGAGGAAUGUCGCUAAUCGAGCUAAGCAAAAAGAAGAUGAGGAUUUGGCGAACCAGAAGAGUGAAAUUACAACUUCAUAUCCCUUUGACAGAGAGCCAGGAGAAGGAAUAGACUCAGAACACAUUUCACACAAUUCCUCAAAUUUAGAGUUUCGACAUGUUGAGAAAGGAAAUCAUUUUGAGCAACUCAGAAGUCAAAGGGAUCAAGCAAAUUGUGAAAUGUCUGAAAGGAAGAUGCCGUGUGAGCCAGGUAAUUCCAAAUCUUCUGAGACUUUUCCUGCAUCACGCUGUGAGGUAGAAGGAAAAAUGCCACCUGAAACAGAUGCAGUGUCCUCAGACAGCCUCCAAAAGGAAAAUGCAAUGUUGCGCUCUGAGCUCCAGGACAUGCGAGAAGAACUCCAGAAGAGAUUGGAAGAUCUGGAAGCCCAACGGCGGGCUGAAACAGAAGCCAGAACCAGACUGAAACAACUCAGCCGAAAGAACACCAGCCGUGCUGUAGAGAAAGAGGAACAGGAGAGGGAGUUAAAGACACUGCUGGAGAGAGAGAGAGCAGAGACAGAAAAGUUGAAGAAGACUGUAACUGAUCUAGAAAUAGAGAUGAAGAGAAUGGUGGUGGAGCAGGAGAAUAAUGAGAAGGAACCAACAGGAGAGAACGCCAAAAAAGCACAAGAAGACCGGGAGUGUGAAAUCGUACAACUAAAUAUCCAGCUGAAGAAGCAGCUGUCAGAGGUGAAGGUCCAGCUCGCAUUAGAACGAGAACUAAAAGAGAGAGAAGAACAGGAGCGCAGCCGAACUAAAGACACAGAUGAAGAGAAAGGGAGUGAACUAAACUUGAAACUGGCAGAACUUCAGGCCGAGCUUGAGCGACUGAAGAGCAGCCAGAGCGAUGUAACCGUGAAAAAGGAGAAAGUCGCUGGCCCACUGACUUACUUGACGCUCCACAGUGAUGAGCUCAACUGCAUGGACUUUGACAACAAGCUCCUCCCAUCACCUGAACAACACCGGGUCUUCUGCAACUCUGCUAAUCUGCGAAACUCACUGGUUUCCCAGACAACAGAAGGUCUCAUCCAGAAAAAAAUGAUCAGUUCUGAAGCCUUGCUUGAGUCCUCUGGUGAAACAGAGGCUGAAGAUGCUUCAGGCUACUGUGAAAGUGCAUCAUCCGAUGGCACACAGUCUCCGUCAGACUUGCAGACAUGUGAUUCUGCUUCCUCUGACAUCUUUGAUGAGAUGGAGCAGCUGCGAAAAGAAUAUAACCGUGAAUCUGAGCGAGCAAAGAAGUACCAAGCCAAAUUAAAAGCCCUGCAAAAUCAGGUAACAAGUCAGACCCAACAGCUGACUGCUGCGUUUGAAAAUCAGAGCCAACACAUAACUGGACUCUUAGCUGAACUUCAGGUGAAAGACAGCGCCCUCCAAAGCCAAGGAGAGGAACUACAGAUCUGUAGGAAAAGGCUUAAUGCUCUGGAGUCUGAACUUAGUGAGAAGACAGAAAAAGAGAAGACAGAUGAAGGAAGUUCUGAGGUUAAGUUAGCAGAAUCCUUAGAACAACAACCAAAUGGAGAAAAAGAUGCUGCCCUGAACACAAAUGUUGCAAGUACCUCAGAAAACAAAGCAGGUCAGAAAGCGGGUCAAAUCUUUGAUCUGGAACCACAGGUAUCUAUGACCAGUGCAGGUGAGGCACGGCUGCAAGUCUCUCUUGAACCUUUUGGAAAUAUUUCUGUGAGACAAGAGGUUAAUGCCGGUAAAGCGGCAACAGCAGCAGCAGCAUGUCUAGACCAACAACUCACCAGUCGGCUAGAGGAGAAUCACCACUUGAAACAUGCACUCGCCAGUUUGAAGACCCUGGAUACCAAAAACUCAUCGGAACAAGACCAAAACAUUAAUGUGAUCCUGUCAAACAAAGGAAGAGUGCGUGAUAAUGUCACUGAGAAUACCUCACUCCAGCAGGAUCCACAGGCUGUAGCUGGAGUAGUUGUUGAAGAACCAAACUUGAUAUCUCAGCUGCAGCUGCAGGUGGUGGCACUACAAAAUAAACUUGCAGCUGUCAGUAAAGAUGCAGAGCAGCAGGCAGCUGAGCUGUUGGUCUGGAGAUUAGCCUCUCAAACCGCCCCACCACUGCUGCUCCACACAAAUAAUGGAAAUGAGGAACAGACCCACAUCCAAGUCCACGGUCGUCCAGAUCCUCUUGGGCCUCUGGAGGAUCCUCCAGGUCACCUGACUAUUAUCAGAGAAGACGAAUUGCUACUCUCCUGCUCCUCUAAUAAACUUCAGGGUCGCAAACUUUUGUCACGUGUGCAGCAGAGCACCCUAUCUGACAUUUAUCAACCAAAAACUUCAGCUGAGAAAAUCCUCCGUGACAUGACUGAUGAAGAUAAGGAAUCUGAAAAAGAAAACCAAGAAUCAAAUAUCCUGCAACCAUCAGGUGUUGGUCCAAUGCUGCCAGAUGAGAAGCAACACAUUGACCCAUUAGAAAUGUCCUCAGAGAGAAUAAGUCUCCCACUUAUCAUCAAAGUUGACCCCAAAAAUGUCAACUGUCGAUGUCAGGUAGCAGCGAGAGCAGCCGAGUGUCACAUGGAACACUUGGAGGCAGAAUCAUACACAAGCUGUGGUGGGAAACCCAGCAAUAAGUCAGAUGGAGACAACAGGGUUGUCAUGAGAGAUGUCUGCAGUCAAACAGAGGAACCUGCUCUGGAGCUCCACUCAGUGCAUACUCAGACUGUGGAAGUGGAUGAAGAUUCAGUGGAGUCCCCAGCUGUCUCCCCAGUCCCACCCUCUGUGGAGGGUGCAGAAGAUAAAAUGUUGUUUUCCGGGUCUUUCCCGAUCCCAGCAGACCCGGUGAGACUUGCUGAAAGGAUAAGACGAAACAGGACGCAGCUGUCGGCAGCCUUUGACGACACUGAAUAUGAGCCGUACGGUCUGCCUGAGGUCGUCAUGAAAGGUUUCGCAGACAUCCCAAGUGGACCAUCCUGCCCCUACAUCGUGAGGAGGGGUUUACUGGGGACAGCUGUGGUACCUGCUCCUCAAAAGACAGCGCUGCACGAAGAGGAGACUGACUGACUCGAGGUCUCAACACAGCUGCUAUGAAGAUCCUCUAGAUGAAUGAUGGACAGGUCGGCAGCGGCAGAAUGUCCUGUUGAAGCAGGUAACCCACCCUGCACUGACUAAACACACGCACCUGCAGCUGAGCAGUGCCGGCAGGUUCUCCUCACGACCCAAGUCUCUGAGGUGUUAUUAAGUGCUGUGAACUCAACUGACACUUUUUCCAAAGCGUGUGUUGAUGUUAAGCUCGCAGACUAUGAAUCGUUUCUUCCUGAUUCCGCAAAUCUUUUCAUGGUCGACACUUUUUGAGCUCCGAUGACCAAGCUGGUUUCAGUAAACAACAUGUUCUCUGUUUGGACCCUGAUGUGACUUAUUUAUGCCCACUUGGGACGUGUUUAUGAAAAAGUGUGAGCCUUCGUGUGAAAGGUUAGUUGCAUAUUGGAGUGCCGCGUGUGUGUUGAUCUUGGUGUCAUGGCAAGUGUGUGUAGCAGAGAAAAGGGAGAGUAUGUAUGACUCAGUCUAACCUACUGCUUUCCGCUCCAUGUAUGGUGAUGCUUACUGUGACCUCCUGCUGCUGCUGCUUUACUUCUCUGUCUUAGACAGCAAACACUUCCUUAAAUAUCAAUCAGUUCUUCUACACUCACACUCAAAGAGUAUUUUUUAUUUCUGAUUCGCGUAGAAAGUACUGACUCUUCAACAACCUUAAAUUAUUUAAAAAGCUAUUCGUGGAGUGAACUAUUUUAUUUUUUACAUUUUAUCUUGUCAUUUAUGGACUCGCCUCUGUUAGAACCUGCGCUGAUCUGAACUCCGUCGUUGCUUUAGACACACACACACACACACAGCUGCCUUUGUAUCUCUGGGAUCGCUUGUGUCCUGGACUCAUCUCUGUUGCCUUCUGUAGGAUGCCAUUUCUGUAAAUGUUUCUGUUUUCACUGCAACAAUAAAAAAGCUUCAUUAUAA